CCACCGUAUAAAAUUUAUACGCUUGAGAAAUAGCGUUGUAUCAAAUCCGUUUAGCACUAUCCACCGGUUAAAAUUUGCCUAUCCAGCGUGUAAAUUUAAACGGUCCCUUGAGACCGUUUAAGUCACUAUCCGGAGGAUAAAGUUUAAAUUCGUUGUCAAUUAAAAAAAAAACAUCUAAAAUGGCAUUGUACAGAUUACCUGGAAUCCAUUUUUAUGCACUUCCACGAGUAAAUAGAAGAGCGGACAGAGUUUUUAGACGUGAAAUUGACAACAUUUUACAAUAUUAUGAUGAUGAGCUGCGAAAACGAUACCGUUUCGGUAGGCAAACCAUCGUCUACAUAACCAAUCUUGUACGAGACGAAAUCAGUCCUGCAACUAAUCGUACUCACGCUGUUUCGGCCACCCACCAAGUUUUAAUAACACUUCGGUUUCUUGCAUCUGGCAGCUUCCAACAAGUGACCGGAGAUACUCUUGCAAGCUUGGAUAAGGCCACUGUUUGUCGAAUAAUACGUCGUGUUACUGUUGCUCUAUGUCGUAAGAUUAACCAAUUCAUUAAAUUCCCUCAAUCACAAGAAGAUCGUGACAUCGUGAAGCAAGGUUUUUACGAGAUUGCAAACUUUCCGUGUGUAAUCGGCUGUGUUGACGGCACACACAUUAAAAUCCAGGCGCCUUCAGAAAACGAGCCAGAUUUCGUAAAUCGAAAGAGGGUCCACAGUAUAAACGUACAAGGAAUCUGCGACCAUAAAGGGAAAUUUACCAAUAUUGUCGCCAAAUGGCCUGGGUCAACUCAUGAUAGCCACAUUUUUAGAACAUCAUCUAUUGGCCGCAAUUUAGAAGGGACCAAUUUUGAAAAUGGUGUUCUCUUAGGUGAUAGUGGCUAUGCCUGUAUGCCUUAUUUAAUGACCCCAUACCCAGAACCACAGACACAGCCCCAGCGAUGAUUUAAUCGAGCACACAGGGUCACAAGGUGUAUUAUUGAGAG